UCAAAUUAUAUUUUUUAUAAUUAUACAAAACCAUACUGUUCUCAUUUAAGUUCGUUUUUUCUUGGAUUUUUCUUUGGAUAUUUUUUAUCAGAGAAACAAGAAAUGAAAUUGAAAAAAGUUACAGAAAUAUUUUGUUGGAUCGGCAGCAUUAUAUUAAUGACAGUAGUAAUAUUCGGAUUGCACGGGUGCUUAAAGGACACUUCUCCAAAUGAAAUUAUAUUGUACUUACAUCAAAUAUUAUCUCCGUUUGCGUGGACAAUAUCUACAGCAUGGAUAUGCAUUGCAUGUGUUACUGGACAUGGAGGUAUUGUCAAUCGAUUUUUCUCGUUAAAAGUUUUUCGUAUGUUGGACCGUUUGAUAAUUUGGAUCUAUUUGCUGAACGUUCCUGUCAUAAUUUUCAUUUGUGGUCAACUAAGAAAACCUGUUUCUUUUACGAUGAUAAAUAUUUGGAUGAUGUUUUCGUAUGUCAUGGCUGUGACAUUGAUCGCCUCGAUUUUAAUGUAUGCAUUUAUCGAAACUCCAUUGAAUUAUCUUCUUCAGAAAACGUUUGAUUUCUGUACAUUUAAAAAAAGUAAUACAGAAGAAGAGUACAAAAUGGAUACUUUGCCUGAAAGUCAACAAGCAAACAUCAAAUUGUAAACUAAAAAUAAUAGUCUAAUGGUUAGAGUAGACACGUUUUACCUAAUUGAAUAGUCAUGAUAUACAGGUCAUUAAGCGAAUUUUAUGAAAUAUUUCACUGUUGAAUCAUUUCAACGAUAUUAUAUACAUGUAAACCCUGAGAAGAGAAUUGUUUAAAAUAUAAAGAAGAAACAAUAUAAAGAGAA